AUGGACGCUCCAAGGAGACCCGCUUUGAUCAACCUCCUACCCAAGUUUCACGGGCUUCCCGCACAAGACCCUAUUCGACAUCUCAAGGACUUCUAUCGCAUAUGCUCGACUACUAGACGGGAAGGGUCCGAUGAAGUUGCUAUAUGGUUGUUUGCUUUCCCUUUCUCUCUUGAGGACAAGGCCAAAGAAUGGUUCUACACCCUCUCUAGUGAAGUUACCUCCGAUUGGGACCUACUUAGAAGGGGGUUCUUGGAUAAAUUCUUGCCCCCAGAAAAGAUGGAUAGGCUAAGGAAGGAAAUGUCUUGUAUUGUGCAAGGUGAGAUGGAACCACUCUAUGAGUAUUGGGAACGGUUUCGCAAACUACUAGAUGCAUGCCCUAAUCACAUGAUCGACACUCAAGUAUUGCUUGGAUACAUAUGUCAAGGGAUGCGAGAGCAAGAUAGAACCCUCUUGGAUACUUCUAGCAAUGGUUCUUUGUCCAAAUAUAAAACCGCGGAGGAGGCAUGGCAACUUAUUAUUGACUUAGCCGAAUCCAAUCAACAUAUGAGGCGAAGAGUCAACCGUCCAAGGACCGUGAACGAGGUAUCAACUAGUAGCGAAGCCACCGCUCUAACUCAAUCCUUGAAUGAGAUGACAUCCGUUUUGAGGCAACUCCAAUUGAACCAACAACAACCACAACAACCUCAAUCAUAUCAACAACACAACCAACAAUUGGUCCCUCAAAGAGUAUGUGGCAUUUGCUCUUGCUACUCUCACCACACGGAUGAGUGCCCAAGCCUUCAAGAAGAUAACACUUUGGCGGCUACCCAUAAUUUCUAUAAUUUCUAUGAUCAAGGGUACUACCAAGGAGAUAAUCCUAACCAAGGACACCCUUAUCAAGGAGGAAGCUACAACCAAGGAAGUGGACACAACAAUCAAAAUUGGAAAGACAAUCAUCAACAAGGGAAUAAGGACAACAACAAUAAUGGAGGAGGUCAAAGAUGGAACAACAACUCGCAAAAUUUCUCACAAAACCGACCAUACAACUUAUAA